AAAAGAAAAAAAGGAAAAAAAAAAAAAAAUAAAGGAAAAGGAGAAAAACAAAUUGCAGAGCAUAGAGCGAGAGACUAAAACUGCUAAAAGAACCAAAACAAAAGAGAACAGGGACAGAGAGUCAAGAGAUCUGAGUUUGUGACCGAGUCAAGCCCGAGUUAGGUCACAAGUCGUUCCUUUGUGUUGUCAGUAUUAAUUAGCUAAGACGAUCCUGACCGUUAGAUCCCUUCGUGUCAACCGUUUGAUUCUUCUUCUUUCUUUCACGCUGCUAUCUAAGAAUUUGGAACCCAAUAAUCCUUUGGAAAAAGCUGCAACUAAGAAGCGGAAACGAGAGGGUCGGAUUUCGGGGGUUGUUUUCUUAUACGAGUUGGUGCGUUCUCAGAUUUGUGAUUUGAGGAAGCUUGAUUUCAUAGUCCAAUGGAGGUCAAGCUGACUUCAUCUAAGUGCGGUUUAGUGUUUGGAAACUGAGAACAUGGCAGAAAUUUGGGCAGUACUAAGGGAAAUUAAUAAUCAUUAACUUCUAUAGUAAUAUAUAUUCAAGUUUUCAAUUGGGUAUAUGAUUUGCAUUUUCAGAAACAGUUAAGACUCGAUUUGUGGCAGUACAGUGCCGAAUAGUAGAAGCCUUAAUCUUAGUGGGUCAUUUCUACUUGGUAAAGCCCCAUUCUUGUGAAGUAUACUUGCCAAAAAAAUGGAACAGACUUUAUAACUUUUUAGAGAGAGAGAGAGAGAGAGAGAGAGAGGGGAGGAAUAGAAACUGAGAGAAUCAAUGGAAGAUAUCUCUAAGUAUGCCCAUAGUCCUGCCCACUUUGCAGUUGCACACCGUGAUUAUGCAGCCCUUAGGCGACUAAUCUCUAGCCUUCCACGUCUUGCCAAGGCUGGAGAAGUUAAUACAGAAGAAGAGUCUCUUGCUGCUGAGGAACAAGCUGAUUCUGUGUCUGCUGUCAUUGAUCGUCGAGAUGUUCCUGGGCGUGAGACUCCUUUGCACCUUGCUGUUAAAUUGCGAGAUGCAGUCUCUGCAGAGAUUUUGAUGGCUGCUGGGGCAGAUUGGAGCCUGCAGAAUGAAAAUGGUUGGAGUGCUCUUCAAGAAGCAGUUUGCACAAGAGAAGAACAAAUUGCUAUGAUAAUUGCACGGCAUUACCAGCCUCUUGCUUGGGCAAAAUGGUGUCGCAGGCUUCCACGAAUCGUUGCUUCAGCAUCUCGUAUUCGUGAUUUUUACAUGGAGAUAACUUUUCAUUUUGAGAGUUCAGUUAUCCCAUUUAUUGGCCGCAUUGCUCCAUCAGAUACUUAUCGCAUUUGGAAGCGUGGUUCUAACCUCCGUGCUGAUAUGACCCUUGCUGGGUUUGAUGGUUUUCGCAUUCAGAGGUCAGAUCAAACUUUUCUCUUCUUGGGAGAGGGGUACUCUUCAGAAGAUAGUAAUAUAUCUUUGUCACCAGGUUCUUUGAUUGUUCUUGCUCACAAGGAAAAAGAAGUUACUAAUGCUUUGGAGGGGGCUGGUGCCCAACCAACGGAAGCAGAAGUUACCCAUGAAGUGGCUUUAAUGUCUCAAACUAAUAUGUAUAGGCCAGGCAUUGAUGUCACUCAGGCAGAGCUUGUUCCUCAUUUGAAUUGGAGGCGGCAAGAAAGGACAGAGAUGGUUGGUAACUGGAAGGCCAAAAUUUAUGAUAUGCUUCAUGUAAUGGUGAGUGUGAAGUCAAGACGGGUUCCUGGUGCGAUGACUGAUGAGGAACUUUUUGCUGUGGAUGAUGAAGAAAGAUUGGUAAAUGGUGCUGAAAAUGAUGAGUUUGAUGACGUAUUGACAGCCGAGGAGAGGAACCAGUUAGAUUCUGCACUUCGUAUGGGGAACUCAGAUGCUGUUUGUGAGGAUGAGGAACCUGGGGUCAUUGAGUACCAGGAAAAUGGAUCAGGUGGUUCCUAUGAGAAUGGGGAAUCCAAUGGUUCCAUUAAAGAGAAGAAGAGUUGGUUUGGUUGGAAGAACAAAGGUUCAAAAAAUAACAAUGAUGAUCCUGAAGAUUCAAAGAUCUUGAAGAAGUUUUCGAAGUUGGCACCAGAAGGUGGAACCCAGAAAUCAGUUGACCAUCAAAAAUCAUCAUCUGAAUUGUCUAGGGAGGAUUUUGGGGAUGCCAAGAAGGGAAAGGAUAAAGGAAGCAAGAAGAAAAAGAAGAAAGGGCCAAGUACUGAGUCUAAGCAUGAGAGUGAGUACAAGAAGGGUUUAAGACCUGUCUUGUGGCUGACACCAGAUUUUCCUUUGAAAACCGAGGAACUCCUGCCUUUACUUGAUAUAUUAGCCAACAAGGUCAAGGCUGUUAGGAGGCUCAGAGAGCUUUUGACAACUAAACUACCUCAGGGAACAUUUCCUGUCAAGGUUGCCAUCCCCAUUGUCCCAACUAUUCGGGUGCUUGUUACUUUUACAAAAUUUGAGGAGCUUCAGCCAGUUGAGGAGUUCUCAACCCCUCUCUCCAGUCCAGCACAUUUUCAGGAUGCCAAAUCCAAGGAAUCAGAAGGGUCCACGUCUUGGAUUUCAUGGAUGAGAGGAAGUCGCGGUGGGCAAUCAAGUGAUAGUGAUAGUCACAGGUACAAGGAUGAGAUUGACCCAUUCCACAUACCGUUAGACUAUACUUGGGUUGAUGCCAAUGAGAAGAAACGACGAAUGAAGGCCAAGAAAUCCAAGAACAAGAAACACAGGAAACAGGCAGUAGCUAGAGGCGGGGAUGGUGCAGCGCAUCAUACGAGUGAAGAUGUGGAAGAAUAACUGGUUCAACUACCAUAAGGAACUUCGCCACUUAAAAUCCUUUGCAGUGGGAAAAAAAAAAAAAAAAAGGAGAAGGUAGGCUCUACUCGCUUGCACAUCUGACCUUUCUUAUUCUGAGUCGCUCGUUGAAUGAUUUACAAGAUAUUUGGUGGGCAAUCACUUAUUGAUUAUGAAGAUGUCUUCUUCUUUUGUUUUAUUGUCAUGUGAUGUGAAAUUGAAGAGGAGCAAAAGUCUCCCAUUUCUUCCACUUCUAUUUAUAUUUAUUUUCAUUCCUUUUUUAGACAUUAAUCUUCGUAUCAAAAUCAGUCGAUUAUCAAGCUUACACUUUCGGGAUUGGUAUUCUUUUUCCAUAGGUCAUUUUGACCUGCCAUGUCUGUUUUGGAAUGGAGAAAUUAUGAAAAGUUUUUUGACUUCUACA